AUGGCUGCUGCGUCUUGGGUGGCCUUCUUUGAUGUCCAAGCAGCUUCUCGAGCAGUCUGCAUUCUUCCGGCGCACGAAGCGCAUGCAGACGGAGAAUGGAAGCCACCAGGUCGCGCCCUGAAGCUGGACCCAUCAGCUGGAAGGUUGGCCUUGAGGAGAAGGUUCACGUCUGCCGAGCCAUGCAAGGGUAAGCAGCUGUACAUACGGAUCUUUUUCCACGAUGAGGGCGUCGAGUCUGAGCACUGGUUUGGCAUUGCCAGCAAACAUGGGACCUGUACAUUCGGUGUGUCUUCUAAAUGUGAUCAGUUCAUGACUACAAACGGAACUUGCCCGAGCGCGUCGGGCACGCAAGUCUUUCAAGUGGGGACACCUGCGGGAAUCAAUCGAAGUAAGGGAUGGCACAUAUUCGAAGCCUUGUUCGCCGAGAACAUGGUGACAUUGUCCAUUGAUGGCAAGGGCGUAUUUGCUGGAAUGGCAAAGGGAGCACGACAAUCAGCGGAAGAUCACCUUUGGAUUGUUGCGCAGACCGGUGCUCCUGCGUUCUGGGCCGCGCCAGAAGCCUUCCAAAUUCCUUCCGCCUGUAUGCUACCGAGUUGGCGACUUGGAAGGAUCCGCUGCCCAUCUGAUAAACAAACUGGACCUUGGGAAGUGAGAUCUGAAGAAUUUGGUCAAUGGAUGGAUGACAGCGACGGCCAGCUCUGGUACGUGACUGACGAAUGCAGCCCUGAUGUAACAUCUUUGCCUGGAAGCAGAGAGUCUGCAGAUGUUGCGAGUGUCUCAAGCCCUGAACCAACCGCAGCUGCGCCGGAAAGCAAACAAGCCACCAAGCAGCAGCGACAGACUGGCAAGUCACCUUCGCAGCCUGCAUUGCAAAGCCACAUGAUGUCCAAUCUCGAGUUUGUGGUACGGUGCGGUGGAGAACUGCAAAAGCUCAAUUCCUCGGCUUGUCAGCGUUCGAUCCCAUGGCUGCCUCCGUUUGCAAGAGUUGCGCGCCGCUACGCGUCUCCUGCACCGUUGGCUAGAGCCAGUAGUCGGCCUUCCACCUCACACUAG